AUGUCCGGAGUGUUGAGCCGAGCUCUCACGCAAGGGAAUUCUCUGAUCAGACAGCUUCUCGCCGUUCGGACUCCCAUGUGCCAAGAAGUCGCCGGAUUCAAAGUAAAAUCUCGUCUGAAGUUGCGUUGCCGAUGUUGCUACUUCAUUCGUGUCGAUGGUCGCCUUCACGUGGAAUGUAACGAGAAUCCACGACACAAGGCUCGUGAAGUGUUUGACGUCAAAAAGCUCUGGUGA